AUCCCUUUAAGUUCGGUCUCUUCCUCUUUUUCAUCUAAUAGGAUUUUAUUAGUGCUAAUCCAGUAACAUCUGACAUUUAGUGUCAAUCCUAUAAAACACAAGCACACAACAUUGCCUUGCACAUUUUCUUUUACGUGUAAAGGGAAUGAUAAGGCUCUAAGAAACAGGAAUUCUUUACUCCAUCAUCUGCAAUCUCCUUUCUGUAAUUUACCAGCCUUCUCAAGUCUGUUAUCUUUUCUUUCUGUAAGCUAAUACUUAAAUUUGUCUCAAUUUUUUUGAUGAUGUCUCUCAUGUUUCCCAGUUUCUCUCUUCUCUCCCCAGGACACAUUUUUCAAGUGUGUUCCGCCUUGCAUUGCAUUGGGGAAAUGGACCAUCUUGCACUCUUCUUGUGGUCUCUUCCACCUCAGGUAUCUGCAUCUCUCUCCAUGAGUGAGACAUUCUCCAGAGGGGAGAAUGCAAGAUCUUAUAUAACAGUUGGGGAAGACAGGACCAAAAAGACAAACUGUUUGAAGGUAUGGCAGAGUGAAUGGAAAGCCAUAUAGUUGUUUCUACACUAAAUCCAGUUUAUACCCACUGUUAUAACUUCAGGAAAUGCCAUGUUCUAAAGGCAUACCAAUGGGUGUGAUAUGUAGACAUAACUUCCAGACAGCCUUUAUUAACUUGCUAUCAACAUAUGUUUCUAGAUGAAAUUUCAUAUGUUGCAAUCACCAUAUAAGAUAUUAAUAUAUAUAUAUAUAUAUAUAUAUAUAUAUAUAUAUAUAUAUAUAUUUGAGGUAAUGCAAUAUAUAUAUAUUCUUAUUUUUCAAAAUUCUGUCAAAUAUAUCUUAAUGGGAUAAUAUGUGAGCAUAUACAUCAUCCAUCACCACGUAUCUGAUGUAUUAAUAGGACUAAAUGAUUUUUGGAACUUUCAUUUUUGGUGUGCAAGUUAUUUUCUGAGUUUGCACCCUCAGUAUGUACUCACAUCACUUACAUUAAGCAUUCUUCCUAUUUGAACUUAUUCCUUGCUGGUGGUGGCUCAGCACUUAACCUUAGUGCUUAUAAAAUAUAUUGGUUUAGUGUAUCUUCCUUCUAUGAAAGGUCAGCAUUGAUGCAGAGGUCAAUUCAGGAUCAAAUGUCAUGAUAAAUAAUGGGAAAAGGUUGCUGACUUACCUGUGUUUUAAUCAAAUGCAAUAUUUUAAUAUUUUGAAUGAAUGGAUUUAUUAAAAUGUAUUAUUUAUUAAAUCAUGUUUGUUUAAAUUAAAUUGUCUUGUUAUGAGGUAGUAAACUACAAAGAUAGAAACACCCCUGUAUAACUUUAAUCUAGUGGGUAGCUGAAAUACUUGUUAUGAGUCUGGUCCAGAAUACUUGUGGAAAUGUCCAUUCCAAUAGAUAAAGUGAUAAAACAGUAUAGAUAUCAAUACAAUAUGGGAAAUUAAGUAACAAAUAAUUACUUAAGUAACAUUAGAAUAGUAGAAAUGUAUGUAGGAAUGAAAUCUGGCAGUAUUCACAUAAUUUUGUAUUCCUUUUAUAUAGAAAAUGUGAACAAAAAAGAGGAUAGUAACAUAAAAUGUGUUAAUGAAAAGCAUGCAUGGAAGAAUAGGAGAGUAUAGAAGAGAAAAUUAGGAAAUCAAAUUAAAACAUAGUACAAGAAAAUGCUGAGAACUGGCAAGAAAUCAACUAGCAUUGCAUUUAGUCCCUGCUCAUUUCUCAAACUAGUUUGAGGUGGCAGUAGAGAUAAACUGGAAUAUACUCUGGGUGACUGACAUAAUAUGAGAACAAGUCAUGAGACCCAGAUAUCUUAUUUAUUGUUCAUUUCUGAUUUGGUCCGAAGACAUUGGGGUUAAUUCACUAAACUAUAACAAUAAUUGCAAAAUUUGCUCUGAAAUUACCAAAAUAUAUGUUGGAUUUUUCCAACACAGCUAUUGUAGCAUUAAUGUUAUUUUGGUUUCUGUUCAUUUCAGUACACCAGUUAGUACUUUUGUGUUACGAGGAUUCAUGGAAUCUCAUCCAUCAGGUUUUUAACAUAUGAGGCCCUGGCACAAUUUUUAGAUGUUUAUGAUAGUUCUUCUAGGACAAGACUAGAAGAAUUUUACGAGAGUGUUAUCUUCGGGACCCAUAUCCUAGUGCUGCUCAGAAGAGACACCUUUCAUAUGUAACUGGGCUACAUCCUUCACAGGUGACCAACUGGUACAAGAACCGGAGACAAAGGGACAGGGCAGCUACCUCUAAAACUGGGUAAGUAUUGAGCUGACCAAUAGAUCUUUUGUAUGUAACUAACUGCACACAGGGCAGCUAAGUGAUUAAUGAGCUGAUCAAUAGAUAUAUAUGUUUUGUCUUUUAUCCCAACAGUAGGCUACCAGUGCUCUUUUGUCCUGCUUAAAAUCACAUGGUGGAUUAAUUAAUAUGACAGAAAGGGUGUCUCAUUAUUCUCCUUUAAUCCUACUGUUUCAAUAUAGUCCAGAUUAAAUUUUCAGGUGACAAUAAAUACAAAUUUGUAAAACAACAACCAACUAAGGUGUAACAAAAAUAUGGAUGUAUGUUUCAUAUUAAGAAAAAAACAAGAGGUUAACAGUAUUGAGUAAGUUAAUAGCAACUUCUAGUAUAGAGUGUGCUAUAUAAUGCGUUUUCUACAUCUUGUUUUGCCUGUGUUUGUUAAGGUAUAUAAAGUCAGAGAGCCAUGGCAGGGUACAUGUAUUGAUGACCUUUCCAGCCAUUCUUAUUGCUCAGCACCUGUUCCCUAUCCAUAAAAUUACAUAAUUCUUAUAUUGGUUAUUCUCAGGACCUUGACACAUCUUCUUGUUUCUUUUUUCUUGAUGCUCAUUUUUUCUGCUAUCCUAGAAAUGCCUUGUGGCAUGAUCCUGUAUUUCCUCUGGCGUCCCAUCUGCCCAAAGGCUCAUAAUCAUCUCAACCUUUCAGGCUGAACUGUUUUGUUCUUAUACUUUGCCUAUAUUUUUAGUAUUCAGCAGUUCUGAUUCAGUGUGCAGUUAAAUGUUGUGCCUGACAACACCCUGGGGCCAAGCUUUGACAUCGGUCCUGCUUGAGUUUUUUUCUUGUUUGAUGAUUUGUGAUUCUUCAUAGGUUGCAAGAUAGAACCUAUGAUGACAAACCAAAUUGUACUUUGCUUAUAAAGAUUCCUCCUACAUUAUCCACCUAUUUGUUCUAAAGCUCCAACAUGCUUCUGUCCCAAACAAUGGGCUCUGGCAGAGGGUGGUUGACUUGUGCUACAUUCUGCUAGGCUAAUACACAGGCUUGUGCCAAUUGGGAUACAGCCAAUUUAGGAAAUAUGUUCUAGAAUAUAAUAAUCAAGAAAAAAAAUAUGUAUGAGCUCUGCAAGCAGCAACCUGCAAAAUAUAACUAUCAACAUAUUCCUCUGCUCUCAAGGUUAGGAUGCAAGAGUACCUUUGCCCUCAUGAGCUGAGAAAGGCAGAACUGGAAAUGACAUACCUGCCAUUUUUCAUGUAGGUUGGCACAGGAAAAAGGGAGAUUUUAGUCUGUCCAUCUCUAAGCUGGGUGGCAUAAUGACAGAGACAGAUGGGUGCUGUGAGUGUUUCCCUCCCUCUCAAUCUGACAGUUACACAGACAGGAGGAAGUUAGAGAAUUUCUCACCCUUUUUCCAAUUUACAGGAUGACAGUAUGACAAUGCAAGCAGAAGGAAACGAAGAGCAUGUUUCAUAUAUAUAUACAGUACGUCACAGGCAGAAUGGAGCUAUUGAUGUGUUAACCCUUGUCAUACCUGCAAGCUUCUAAGCACCACUAUUUUGGUUCUAUUUCAGGCUCUAGAAAAUAAAGAUCUCAGAAGGCGACGAUAUGCGUGAGAUGAAUUAACUAAAACAAGAACAUCUCAAGUACAUUGCCUAGGUCAUCACUUUUGAUUUAUUAUUUUUAUUAAUAUGAUGGGGUGAUAGUUAUUUUAAAAACUAGGAGACAUUUAUAGUGGCUGGCGUGAAUUAAAAUGAAAUUAUUAAAACUUAAAUAUAUGCCUAUUACAAAUGAUAGUUUUAAUAAUCUCAUAUGUCUUCUGUUACAGAUUUUGAUUAACAGUAUUUGUAUACUUCUUUUAAAAAACAUCUGCUUGUUUGAUACUUACUUGCACACUCUUCAUUUUAUUAGAAUAAUGCUGGUGAAAAUAUAAUCUAUUAUCAAUGUUAAUGUGGAUAUUUGUUAAGCAAAUAAGCAGCUUGCUGUUCCUUGUCAUUUCAAAGCAAUAAUAGGGGAACAGCAGUUGCCUUUAAUAAAC